CCCAUCUAGCCUUUCUAGUUCGUACUCAUCUCCGGUUCUUUAAGGCUUGGUUUUGGGAAAUUCCAAUCUGAUUCUGCUAUUUCUUUGAUUUGUCCACGUAUGCAUUAUAUUACAAAUCCCCAAAAUGUCGAUAUUGGCAGAGAAAAAACAGUCAGCUGAGUUGGAACAAAACUCAUCCAUAGACUUCGAUCCUUUUGUGGGACUGCACCGUCAACAACCCAACUUACCUGCUGGCUCUUCUCAUUCCCAGGACCCUGCAAGAUCAGGCGACGAAAUUGGAUGGAAGGAAGAUUUGAACGAUGCUCUAUGUGGUAACAAUUGGAGAGGUGUGAAAACAAUCCUAGAUCAAAACCCUAAUGCUUUAACUGCAAAAAUUGCAGCUUCAGGGAGAACAGCACUUCAUGUGGCUGCAAUGUUUGGGCAUGUCAACAUAGUUGAGGAGUUGCUAAAAUUGGUGCCUCCAGAAUCCCUUGGAACUGGUGAUUCUCAUGGCAAUACGGCACUUGCAUUGGCUACAAUCACUGGAAGCAUUCAAGUUGCAAAAUGCCUCAUAGAAAAGAACAGAGACGUUGUUGGCAUUCCAAACGCACGUGAUAAUCUUCCUGUUAUAAGGGCUUUUCAUUUUGCUUUCCUAGCAAUGGGACGUUAUCUUUAUUCUAAAACUCCAUCGGAAUACCUCACAGGUCGUCGGGGUUCCAGGUUUCUGUUUUCUUGUUUACGUGCACAAUGUUUUGAUAUUGCUCUGGAUUUGCUUAAACAAUGCCCAGAAUUGCUUUUUGUGCCUACCGAUGACGAACUUUCGGGUAAGGAGUGGAUGCCAAUUCAUGGGAUCGCAACCUUGAACGCUGCUAUUCUCAGCCCGAGUGAACUUGUGUUCUGGAGACGAUGGAUCUAUAACUGUCAUGGUUUACUACAAAGAUUAAUCACCUUCCCCAAUAAUUUUAUAGAUGCAUGUGCGUUAUGUAUCAAUCUGGAAGGAGUUAAGAAAAUACAAGAGCUCAAAUUAUUGCAUGCACAAGCGGAUGAACUUCUUGAACUAGUUUGUAAGAAAGCAAGGAAAGCAUACGAGAAGAGAGUUUUGGAGGAGGCUUUAUGUCUUGCAGCUAAAGAAGGGAACGUUAAGUUCGUGUUUCGAGUGUCUAAAAUAAUCCCAGAAAUUAUGGUCACUCGAACAUUGACUUCGUGUUUCAGCCACGCUCUUAAUUAUCGACAAGCUAGGGUUUUUAAUCUUAUCCAUGGGCAUCGCUUCAAGCGUGCCUUGUUAGCAUAUGUAGAUGAAGGAAAUACCUUUCUACAUAAGGCAGCUACACAGGCUCCUGAUCACGUUCUUAGUCGCAUCUAUGCACCAACGUUGCAAAUGCAGAGAGAAUUGCAAUGGUUCAAGGCAAUGCAGAAUUUAAUGCCUCCAAUUUUUUGGGAAUUUCGGAACAAGGAUGGCAUAACAGCAGAAGAAUUAUUUAGAGAAAGUCACAAAGAAUUGAUGAAGGAAGGAGAGAAAUGGAUAAAGAGCACGGCAUCUUCAUGUUUUGUUGUCGGUGCCCUAAUCGUGACCAUUAUGUUUGCUGCAGCAUUUACUGUGCCAGGUGGAAAUGAUCAAACUUUUGGAUACCCGUUAUUUAUCGCACAGCCAUUUUUCAAGGUUUUCAUAUUCUCAACUAUUUUGUCGCUCUUCUCUUCUUCAACUUCGGUUCUAAUGUUUCUAGCAAUUCUCACCUCUCAAUACUCAGAAGAAAAAUUCCUGAAAUCCUUACCUACGAAAUUGAUUGUGGGCCUUUGUUUUCUUUUCAUCUCCAUCGCAAGCAUGAUGAUAGCCUUUCUUUCCACCGUUCGUCUCAUACUGGACCGUGCAAGCUACUCAUGGGGUCUCCUUCCCAUUAUUAUAUUUGCAAGUGUUCCGAUCUUCCUCUUUGUGCUGUCACAAUUCCCUCUUCUUCUUCAUACUGCUAUUACUACGUACGGGGUUAUCUUUGACGAGAAAGUGGAGAUGUGGCCAUAAGACGAUUCUCGUAAUUGAUGUCUUGCUACCCUCUUGAUCCUAUUCAUAGACAGUAGUAUUGGGCAUGAUUUUUCAUACAGGACACUUCUCUUAAUAGAGAUUUAAACCUUAAUUUAUUAUAUUAUGAAGACCAACUCCUUUUACUAUAGACUCAACCGAUGUUGGUGGGAGGAUGUGAGUUUAAUAUUUUUCAUAGGAUGACUCUCCAUUUAUUGGACUGAAUCCUUUAUUGGGCCAUAUUUAGUUAGGGCACUGGUCUUUUUUUGGACCCAAACAACUAUGUUUUUUAUAAAAACUUCAUAUUAAUUGUUGUCACUAUGGUCUAUGGCUUGUGUGAUCCAAAAUGCUCAAAGUCGAGUGGUAUGUGUAUUUCAUGUUGAAAGAAUUAUUUUGAGGUCCCUCACACUAUAAUUAAACCCCCUAAGGUUCAUUAACAACUUAGCAGAGGGAAUUGUCAAUAGAUCUUACAAUUUAAACUUAAUAGAGGAAAUUGUCAAUAGA